AUGUGCGAUGUCCAUCAAUCAUUACGUCUCAUCGAUCAACCAGCGGGUAAGUCCAAGUUCCAAACAGUGGAAAUUUUGGAAAAAAUUCACACCAAAAUGAUUACCGACCACAUCCAUAUACAGUCUCCUGUGGAAGUAAUAACUAAGCGUUUCCUCGACGAGAGAUGCUGCGACAAAACCGACAUUAAAAGAGAGAUAUUUGUAGCAUCUCUUCCAUAUCUAGCCAUUUGUUUGACCUUGAUUCUCUAUGUCAUGCUUGGUGCUUUCGUGUUUUCGGCAAUAGAUGAUUUUAUGGACAAAGAUAAUUUCACCACCAAGUGCUUCUUUAUCUUCACAACACUGACAACUAUAGGUUAUGGCGAUUUGGCACCUAGAAAUGCCUUCAGUAAAAUUUUCUGCCUAAUCUAUGUGGGAAUUGGUGUUCCAUUGCUGUUGUUGGCCCUUGCAAAUUUUGGACAAUUAUUUGCGGAGUUUUUCUGGACCUGUAUGAUGAGCAUAUCACCUGAUAUUCAUGUCGACCCUGAAUCAAGGCGCAAACUGCCCAUAGUUGUGGUUAUCGCAUUGCUUUUGAUACAUACCAUGUUUGGAGCUGUACUCUUCAGCUUUUGGCUUCAUAAACUUCCUUUCGUCACUGCCAUCUAUUUCAGGUAAUA